AUGGGGAUGGAAGGAGAGGGAGGGGGUAGAGAGGAUACAGGAGAGAUAUUUAAGAUAGGCCUGAGGGAGACCCAGGCACAGACCGCCAAACGCGGCCAAACUAGGCCACCAAGAUGGAGCCUUAAACAGCUAGACGAGGACCUGCUGGAAGCGGCGGUCCUGGCCGGAUCCUGGACCACAACCAGCGCGGAGGACCCAGAAGGACGAACGGCCGAAACGCAGAAUAUACUGGUCCGAGCAUGCGACACGGCAAUGCUCAGAGCCACACAACGACCCAGAAAGACGGUGUACUGGUGGAGUGACUCCAUUGCGUCAUUGAGAGGCGCUGCCAUGCGGGCCAGAAGAGAGAUCAAGAGGGCGAGAAGACGCCAAAGAGACCUCGAAGAGGCCUCCACCCGAGGAGGCCAGGAUAGCUGA